UUGUUUACCAACAGAGGGCUGUGACGUCACGACAGAGAAAUCUCAGGGUCGCCCGCAGUGGAUGUUGGUAUUUUGAUCUGAUACGUUGAAGACAAGCUACCAGAUAAUGGUGGUAAGAUAGUGGGGUAUGGUGUGACCAAGUGUGUGGUGAGAGUGCCAGAAUGGUUGUGUGGUGAUUGGCACUCUGCCCCUUGUUUGGGGUUAUCCACCACUCACUGCACACAACCAACACCCCACCUACCAGUACAAGUUUAUCAGUUCAUACCACGCAUGUCAUAACUACCUGGCCUCUGUAGAACUCAACUGUGGUUGUGGUAUCACAAACUGUGACAUCAUGAGUGACGGAAAUAAAUGGCCCUGUGGGAGAUGCACCUACCUCAAUUAUGCCAGUGCUGUACGGUGCACUAUGUGCACAGUGCCACGCUCCCCACACCUUAUUGUGGAGGCUGGAGCUGACAUUUACCAGUUGGGAUGCCAAGCUGCACCACCAUCUCGAAGGCCACCAGAGAGCCCGCCUCCACAAGAAGUUGACAAGUGGCGUUGUCAUUUAUGUACUUACCGUAAUUAUCCAAGAGCCCUAAGGUGUACACAGUGCCGCACACCACGCCUUUCAUUAGCAGAAGAAAUGGCAGGUCUUUCUUUGGCAAAACCUGCAUCCUCAUCACCCACAAUAUCCACAACAACUCCUACAUCAACACCAACUUCAACCCCAACUGCAACCACAGCCAUCACUACCACUGCCAAUAUAACCUCACUGGCAGCUACAACUCCAAGUACGACCCCCACCACAGCCUCUGCUCCAACCAAUAACCGUAAUGGAGGCCAGAGUCCAAACAAAGGGGUCGCAGGGCAAAGUGGUAGAGGUCCCCCUGGGGCUGGAGCAGAUCACCCCAGUCCAGGAGGGACACCUCCAGGUGGGGCAGGGCGCUGUAGUCCACAAGGAGCAGGUGUAACGCAGCCACAACCACGUCAUGAAACUGAACCAGCUGUACCCAGUUACAAAUGGAGAUGCCGUGCAUGUACCUAUGAAAACUGGCCAAGAUCGACAAGAUGUGUGAUGUGUGCCACCCCAAAAGGACUUUGUGCCGCCUCAGCCCAGUCCCAGCCAGCUCGCCUUGCAACACCACCUCCUCCAACUGACAGUAAAAAUAAUAUGAGUGCAAACAUAGUUACACCUCCAGGGGAAGCAAGUGAACCUACCAAAGUUGAGAUAAUACGUGAACCCAGUGAUACACAUCAUACUGAGAACAAUGCAAAAAACAGAGAAAACAUUAAUGAAAUUAAUAAAGCCCGCAGCAGUGACUCACAACUUCAAGAUCCGCAACUGAUAUCCCAAAGAAACUCAAGUGAAUCAAAGGAAAACAGCACCAUUCCUACUAGUGUUGGUGGCAACAAUGCCUCAGGUGCUGUGAGCCAUCGUGGUGGAGAAGGAGCCAUGGCACUCAAUAAUUACGAAACAGAGCGACUCCUAAGGCAGCUCAGACGGCGAUUACGGGAAGCUGAUUGGGCUUGGCUGAAUGCUUGCAAUGGAGUAGUGGAAGGCAACUAUGAACCAGUUGAAGCCUACCUUUCAGCAGGGGGAGACCCAAUGAGGCAGCUAACCAGUGCAGAUGUUAAGCUGUUAUCUAGGCCUUCUGCAUUUGAUGAAGGCCAUACGCUUGUUCAUUUAGCUAUAAGAUUUGGUCGAGAAGAUUUACUUGCUACAAUUCUGUCACGCAUGGAUGGUGGGGGCACAGGGGUGAAGCGUGUCCCUCCCUACGUGGCACCAGACUUGGCUACAGACAUCCGUCGACAUGUUUCCGCUUCAAUUCGUCAGAGAAAAGGGCCAUUCCCUUGUCACUUUGUUUCUGAACUUGUUACUUUCUCACUACCUGCAGAAAUUGAAGAUUUACCCGUGAGUGUUCAAGAGCAGCUGUUUGAAGAGCUUCUUGAUCGUGAUGCGCAGAAGCAGCUGGAAGAGGAUGCACCUAUUAUUAACUGGUCCUUAGAAAUCACAGACAGACUUGGCUCACGACUCUAUGCUCUCUGGAAUAGAACAGCAGGUGAUUGUCUUCUAGACUCAAUACUACAAAGUACCUGGGGUGUAUUUGACCGAGACAAUGUACUUCGUAGAGCUUUAUCUGACAGUCUUUCGGAAGCAUCUCAUCUGUUUUAUCCCCGUUGGAAAGAAUACGAGCGAUGGCAGGCUCGACUUCUAGACUACUAUGUUCCUGAAGGCCAAGUCCUUGAGGAAUGGGCAGAGUUGAUCUGCUUGGCCUCCCAACCUGGUGCCGCACUAGAGCAACUGCACAUCUUUGUCCUAGCCCACAUCCUGCGACGACCAGUGAUUGUGUAUGGAGUAAAGUGUGUCAAGAGCUUUAGAGGAGAAGACUUGGGUUUUGCAAGAUUUGAGGGUGUGUACUUACCAUUGUUAUGGGAACCAUCAUUCUGUUGGAAGUCCCCUAUUGCACUUGGAUACACUCGUGGACAUUUCUGUGCCCUUGUGCCCAUGGAGCCAGAUUCUCCUGAGAACAUGGGAGCAGGAGCAAUCUUGGAUGCUGGGGAGUCACAGGUGGUCUUCUUGCCUUUAAUGACUCAAGAUGCUAAGCUUCUCCCUGUGCACUUCCUUACACAGGCUGAGGUUGGCUGUGAGGAAACAUUACUAAGACAGUGGCUGGAGGUGUGUGUCAGUGAAGGAGGCGUACUGGUGGCACAGCAGCAUCUCACCAAGAAGCCCCUGACGGUGGCCCAGAUGACGGAGGAAUGGCUCAACCAUUACAGAAGGCUUGCGUAAGUCUUGUCUCAGGGGAACUACCACAACAAAUGGAAUGUGCCCCCUAUCACCGCCCCAUAACAAGCCAAGGAUACUCCAGUGACGGGGACUCAGAGGAAGAAUGAUCUGGAACUCAUAAAGGAUCUCUCAAUAACCAGUAUAUUCCAAAGAGAACACUUCAAAGUGACUGGAGUUUUUUUGUUGAACAUUGUCAAGAAGAAAAAGUUUCAAUAUCUCAGCAAAUAAAGUGAAAAUGAUUAUUUAUCUAACAAAAGUAGUCUCAAGAUUUAAAUUGUUUCGUCCAGAGGAAGUAACACAAAUCUGCCUCUCUCUCUACCAUAAUAGAAUCUUCUAAUGUUAGGCAGCAAGAAAAGGUGAGGCUGUACUCCAGUUGACUUCUCAUGCUUUAUUUGAUAUGUUUAGUAAAAGCAAAUUGUGAUGGGUUGUUAAAUAUUACAAGCUGUGAUAAUAUUACCUACAAAGCAUGUGGUAUAUCUGAAAAUGUGAAUUGAUAUAUAUAUUUUAUUUUUAUUUUCUCUUUCAAACUUGGUUUCCUCUGAUGAUGCAUAAUAUAGCCAAAGUGAAUUUUUAAAAUUAUAUAAAAUUAUCUUGGUUCUCACAUCAAAUGUGUUACUUUACAAUUAUACCAUAUCUAUACUCUAUCUAUUCUUUCUUUUCAUCUGAUAACAAAGUAAAGACUCCUGGAGCACGGAAUCACCAAAAAACAGAAGGGGUUUAACUGAAAAAGAUUGUUGAAUACUGAAGACAGUAGGAUGAUUUGCAAAAUCUAAUUAUAUGACUUCAGAAAAGUAUACAAUUUACACCCAAGGCCUUAGUGACUUUACUGAAAAAGUAGAGAAGUAAAUAAGUAUUGAUUCAUACUAGACUACAUCAAUUUGCUGUCGUAGUUGAAACGAGUUUGUGUUUUGUUUCAUAAAUAACACAGUGCCCCUAUGCAUAAUAUGGAGAUUAUGAGUAGUUUCUGAAAGCAUAAGGACUUCAAGGUAAUGUAUCUUGGUUUAAUGUGUGAUAUAUACCUGUAUAUUGACUUCUUGCCACUACAUGGGGUCACGUAAUAUGUAAAAUCUUGGCAUUGAAAAGUGAUUUUUUAACAGAAAUUUGCUACAUAAAUUUCACUUCCAGUGAAGAAAGAACAGUAUUGAUGUUGUCAUAUAUUUUGAGAUGAGCUAUUCAUAGUCAAUAAAGUCACUUUUAUUUUUUACUUUAUAUAUAUAAGCAAUGUCAUUCAUUGGUCUGCUGUUUAUCCUGAAAGCUCCACAGGGAGUGACUUCUCAAGCAGGAUGAUAGAAGGUUGAUGGCUUUUGCUAGGACUUAAGACAAGACUUUUCCAUUGUAAAGAAGUAAACAUGAAAGAAAUGUUGAUAAUGAUAAUCCAUUUUUAUACAGUGAUAGGAACUGUAGUCUUUUUUUUUUCUUUUUUGCCAAUGAUUGGCCUUUGAAUGCUUAAAACUAACUUGAAAUUUGCUUUCAUGCUAAGGAGGGGGGAAAAAAUGAGUGUUUAUAAUUUUUUACAUAUAUUUCUCAUGUUUGUGCAGGCAAUGUUAUCUUUUGCAAAUUAUACAGUGUGCAUCUUGACCUGGGAAUUGUAGCUAUUUAAUGCAAGUGUAACUAAUAUUAUUUUGCUGAUGCUGCAAAGCCAUGCCAUCAUGUGCUCUACAAUGAAUCUUCUACCCCUCUCCCUUAGUUUGGCUGUAAACUGUUACACCAUGAUGACUUUAUCUCCAUGUCAUAAUGAUUGCGUCCACAGUUUGAUGCGUUUACUUUCGUCAAAAAGAAGAAAAAAAUCCAAGAAAGUAAGUCAUACAUUUCCUGUGUUCCAUAUUAUUGUUUCCAAGAUUUCUUGUUGAGAAAAAUGAAUCAGUCACAUCCCCAGUUGCAAAGGUAAUACAUUCUAUUCAGCAGUCUCCAAAAGUGCUGAGUGUAGGCAGAAGAGCUUGCAGUAGGUGGUAUGCAGGCAACAGUUCAUGAUAUGCAUUGUCUUGUAAACCACAUCAAGUGCCAAAGUUGCAUUUUUUUUUUCUUAUAUAUAUAUUAUUAUAUAAAUAUUUUUUUUCAUUAUAUUAAAAGAAUUCAACUACAGAUAUCUUGUUAGUUGUGGCAAUUGUAGAAUUCAAGAGAGUAUGUAAGAGAAACCAAAUGUGAGAAUCUCCCCAUUUCAAGUAAACUGUGGUGUUAAUAUUCUCAAUGAGGAGCUAAGUAGCAAGGCAUUAUUUCUUUCACGGCAAGGCACUUAAGACCAGUAUGGUGUCAACAUGUGGCUUUUGUCAUGGGCUUUCAUCCUAACUUUGGGUAUUCAUAGUAACCAAAUGAUACAAAUGAACGACUAAAAGAAUGUUAGUUGCUACCCAACCUGAUGGUUGAAAUACGUUAAUGCCAAAAACAGAAACUGACAUGAACUGUAUACUGACUUUGUGCAUAUUGGUAUUAUGUGUUAUUGUUAUUGAUAUGUUCCAUUUCUUACAUCAUCAUUAAUUUUUUUCUCUCUCUCUCUCUCACCUCAUGAGGUGUGAUACUGCUGACACCAAGUUGCAUAUACUAAGGUGACAGCGUCCAGCCAAAAGCUUGAUGUAGGAGAUUCCAAGUAUAGAUCUCUCAGAUUCAUCUACACAGGCAUAAGCACUGUUGCUUCUUUUAAGGUGGGGUAGUCAGGGACAGUCAUCAAGUAAAAAGUAAACGAUGGUCACCUAGGGGAGAGUUAGGCAAGGAGUCACCUAGUGGAGGUCCAGGCAAGGACAGUCAUCUAGGGGAGGUUUAGGCAGGGACAGUCACCUUUUACGGGUCUAGGCAAGGGGAAUCACCUAACGUAGGUGGUGAAGGUCCAGAUGGACAGUCACCUAGUGCUGCUCCACCUAAAGGAGACUUGCAGUAAGAUAGGUUGGAAGGAAUCCCUGAGAUGCAAUUAGUAUAGAAAUGGUUUGGUUAUUUAUUACUGUUAUUAUUACCAUUUUUCUGCUAUAUUUUCUCAUAUCAUUAUGAUUUUUAUUAAUUAUAAAUUUUCUCAAUAUUUUAGUUAUUGUAAUUUGUAAUCAUAUUUACAUUUCAUAUUUUCAUUAUGUUUUCUUAAACACUGCUUUUGUUUGUUUAUUAUUUAAUUAAUGCAUUCAAAAAUGUCAGUAAGUGAAUCAAACUCAUCGUAGUUGAGGAAUUUGGUUUGAGGGGUUAGUUGCGUUGAACUUGCUCUAAGCUGAGUUUUUACCCCGUCAUAGCACUCGAGGCCACACUAAUCCUUCCUCAGUCUGACUAAUCAUAUUUCUGCACAUGAGCCAUUUAAUUGAAACCAAUCAAUAUGAGAGUUCUUCCUCCCUAUUUAUUUGGUUGUGAAUAUUAAUCAGUAUUUGCUUUUAUUAUAUCCUUGCAUUCAGUGGUUUGUUAUAGAUGAAAAAAACAAAAACAAGUUGGAAUGAUGCAUUUAUGUGUCCUAUCUUUGAGCACAAAUAACAAAUGCAAGGCUCUCAUUUUCUUCUCAAUUAUCCUCUUUCCAGGGAAAUUAUUUUUUUGGUAUAAUAUUUGAUCAUUUGUUGUCAAAGGCGCAUUCUACAUAAUUGUUUAUGGAUUCCCGCCCCAAUUUCCGUUGUUCCUUUCCGUCCAGUUAGUUGCAUCAGAAUCUUACAAAUGCAUCUUUUCUGUAUUAUUCAGUUUGACAUAGCAAUAAUUCUUAUAUCCCAUAUGUGUACAUAUGUAUAGUUUAGUAUUAUUUCUUUACAUUUGUGAUUAUUGCUUUAAAGAAUUUAGUCAUGUUAGUAAGCCCAUUUUAUGUCAAUCAUUUUAUCAUAGAGAAGUCAACUAUUAAACUCUUCUAAUCUUUUCUGUAGUUUUCUGUCCCAUUAAUGAUAUAUUUCACUGAGCUUGACACAAAAGCUAAGAGAGGUUUAGCCUGCUGUCUGUUAUUCGCAGGAGCUGCUUCUAUUUAAGGGUUGUAUUUGCUAGGUAGCACACCUUUCAUAUCUCAUCAUCAUUCUCAGCUUCUCCAUGGUGACAGUACAAACCAAGAACAUAAUGUGAUGAGAUCAUUAAAUGCGAUCCACUUUUGUAGAGGAUACGGUAUGGCUUCUUUUUUUUAUAUAUAUAUAUAGAACACACAAAAUUGAGCCUUCUAUACCUCCUGUAGGCUCGUAUUGCUUGAUUUCAUCACUCAUAUUUUAGCUGUCAGAACUGUAAAGCUAAAUUUUGUAGUUUUGUCAGAGAAGUGUUUAGAUUUUAUUUCAUGCAUGAUGUGAAGCUGCCUGUGCAGAUUUUUUUUAAGGAAGUAGUUUUACCCUGUUAAUGCGUAAUAGCUAGAUGUUUGUAAACUUUCUCAACAGGUAAGAGUUCAAAUAUUGACUGGGAAAUUAAAGCAUAGAAAGUUUCCAGUAACUAGCUAUUUUACUUGCAAGACUUCCUUGAAAUUUAUUGUGUCCAUAUUUCAGAAUUAAUACCCGGCUCUUAGAAAUUAAAUCUAUGUUCAGUCUUAUAUGUUGUUAUCACAAACUUCUAGAAAGCUAACCCAUAGUAGUGCAACUCCAGUGGAUUGUUUAUCAGAGAUUAUUGUUAUGUAUAUAUAACGAGAUUAGAGACAAUUAUACAGAUUGCUGAAAGCAC